AUGUUGAGAAAAAGCAGAACGAUUUGUUAUGUUUAUUAUUUUCUUUGUAUUUUCAGAAUUAGCCAUAUUCACUAUCUAGCAUUGGCAGUAAUGGCUUUAUUUGUUAGUUUUCUUUCGUAUCCAAGUAAACGACACAUGGAUCCAACAUCAACACUUAUAACAUUCACACACCUUAUGAUGUUCACUGCGCAAUUAGGGGCUCAGCUUUGGGUCACGUUAGUAGCCGGUAUUACAAUGUUUUGUAGUCUCCCGAGACGUAUGUUUGGUCAAGUACAGAAGAGAUUAUUUCCCAUGUUUUUCUUCUGGUGCUAUGUAACGUCUGUGUUGACUAUUAGUACCUUCCUUUGUCUUAGUGAGUUCUUGAUGCAUCUCCAUGUUCUCUUUAACAUUUUUCAGAUGUAUGCUUUAGCAAUUAGUUUUCUGUCAGCAACGGCCAAUACUCUGGUAUUAGCCCCACUGAUUGUAACAGCGAUGGUGAAAACCUUUGAUAUGGAAGUAACAGCUGGUGUUGGUGAUAUAAUAGGCUAUGCUGAUAUUAAAGACCUUAAAUCCAACGAAGAAUAUUUGACAUCCUACUCUAUGUUCAGAAAAUGUCACGGUGUCAGUGCGUGUUUAACCGUGGUGGCUUUACUUUCAAAUACAUAUUACUUGUACAGCCUUUCAAGUAGCAUCGUAUUGGUCGACAGUUUAAAUAUUUAG